AUGCCUGGAAGCUCGAGAAUGCCCGUCAGCCUGCGGGGUGGACUGGAGUCGGUCAAGCGGCGCAGGCCGACGCUGUCGCUGGCCAUGAUCAACAUCGACCUCCUCCGGAACGUCGUCUUCUUCUACUUCGUCCUGCGAUGGACCCGCCGGGCCGUCUGGAAGCUCCGGGGCCGCGGCCUCGUCGGCGCCCUGCUCGAGCUCUACCGCGAGCUGCAGCGCGUCCUCUACGGCUACUUCCUGCGCGCCCCCGGCGUCCGGGGCCAGGUCCAGCGCCAGGUGAAGGAGUCGCUCGCCAAGAUGUCGGCCAAGCUCGUGCCCGAGACGGAGACGCGCUACCUCACGCUGCCAAAGGAGGGCAUGCCCGCCGAUGCCGUCCGGGCCGAGCUCGAGGCCCUCGCCAACAUGGACCACACCCGCUGGGAGGAUGGGUACGUCUCGGGGGCCGUCUACCACGGCGAGGCCGACCUCAUCCGGCUGCAGACGGAGGCCUUUGGCAAGUUCACCGUGGCCAACCCCAUCCACCCCGACGUCUUCCCUGGCGUGCGCAAGAUGGAGGCCGAGGUCGUCAGCAUGGUCCUCCACAUGUUCCACGCCCCCCCCGGCGCCGCCGGCGUCACGACGGCCGGCGGCACCGAGAGCAUCCUGAUGGCCUGCCUUGCCGCGAGGCAGAAGGCCUUCGCCGAACGCGGCAUCCGGGAGCCCGAAAUGAUCAUCCCCGACACGGCCCACACGGCCUUCCGCAAGGCCGGCGAGUACUUCGGCAUCAAGAUCCACAUGGUCGCCUGCCCCGCGCCGAGCUACCAGGCCGACGUCCGCGCCAUGGCGCGUCUCGUCAACGCCAACACGGUGAUGCUCGUCGGCUCGGCCCCCAACUUCCCGCACGGCAUCAUGGAUGACAUCGCGGCGCUGUCGAAGCUGGCGCUGCGCCGCAAGCUCUGCCUCCACGUCGACUGCUGCCUCGGCUCCUUCAUGGUCCCCUGCCUCGAGCGGGCCGGCUUCGAGACGCAGCCGUUCGACUUUCGCCUCAAGGGCGUCACGAGCAUCAGCUGCGACACGCACAAGUACGGCUUCGCGCCCAAGGGCAACUCGACGGUCCUCUACCGCACCGCCGCCCUGAGGACGUACCAGUACUUUGUCUGCCCCGACUGGUCCGGCGGCGUCUACGCCUCACCGGGGCUCGCCGGCUCGCGGCCCGGCGCCCUCAUCGCCGGCUGCUGGGCGAGCAUGAUGGCCGUCGGCGAGGCCGGCUACCUCGACGCCUGUGUCAAGAUCGUCGGCACGGCCAAGAAGAUUGCCGACGCCAUCCGGGACGCGCCGGCGCUCGCGGGCGAGCUCGAGAUCAUGGGCAAGCCCCUCGUCUCCGUCGUCGCCUUCACCUCGCGCAACCUCAACAUCUACGACAUCGCCGACGGCAUGUCGACCAAGGGCUGGCACCUCAACGCGCUGCAGAACCCGCCGGCCAUCCACGUGGCCGUGACGAUGCCCAUCGUCAAGGUGUGGGAGAGGCUCGUGAGCGACCUCGAGACCGUCGUCGAGGAGGAGCGCGAGAAGGAGCGGUCCCGCCUCGUCGAGGGCAAGGGCGCCAAGGGCAAGGCCGUCGGCGACUCGGCCGCCCUCUACGGCGUCGCCGGCUCGCUGCCGAACAAGAGCAUCGUCGUCGACCUCGCCAGGGGCUUCCUGGAUCUGCUGUACAAGGCGUAG